AUGAAAACUUGGCAUGAGAGUGGACAACAACACUCGGAGUCACUGGAAAUGCCUCGCCGCCUGCUUCAGAGCAGAUCCCGGUUUACUCAGAUGACCAGCAAUGUGUAUCAAGGUUACGCCGGAGUCACGCUUAUCCCUCGCCCGUGGGAGGAGAGGACGAGGGGAAGGGGCAGUCCAGCAUAUAAACUCAUCGGCUCAAAGAUUCGGCAGUCGAGUUCGAAGAGACGAACACAAUGCGGUUCCUUGCCUUCGUCGUCCUCCUGGCUCUCGCCGUCGCCUUCGUCGGCGCUAAGUCCUUGGCCUGCUGCGGCGGCGGAGGUAACGGAGGUCACCAUGGAGGUCAUAGUGGCGGAGGCUUCGGCGGAGGCUUCGGAGGCGGCGGAGGAUUGGGAGGCGGCGGAGGCUUCGGAGGCGGAUUCGGAGGAUAGAACUUAAGGACUUUACGGAGAGAUCACCAGGACAUCACAUGGCCAACGCAAUUUCAGUUGGAAAAUUACCACUUGUCAUAGCAUGUUGUUAGUAUUUUUCCUCCAAGUAUAUACCUCUUCUUUCGGUUUUCACCUAUAUUCUAUUCUUUUCCUUAUUAUUGGAAAUAAAGAAAUAUAAACCCA